UUAAAAUUAAUCGAUUUAAGUAGAAUAUGUGAUAAAGAUUGAAACAAAUGAGCUUUCUUCGAUUGCUUUCUGUUUGGACGCUUUCAAUGCUUUUAUCCUUGUUUUACGUCUAAUGAAUUAUAAAGACAGAGAGAUGAUUACACGCGCUUGAAAAGCGUGAGUGACCAGAUCAAACACAGCUGACGCCUUUAACAAUUACGCAUAAUUAUGUUAAGGCGUUCCUAAACUCAUGGAAGGAAGACUAUGCAUUUAAAGAGCCGGAAAACAACAUAACCUGUAAAAUGCAUAUUUUGAAAAGCCUUACGAAUAUUAUAUACAGAUUCGUUAAGAAUAUAAAAACAGUAAAUAAUUACAAGUUUGAAUCAUUCUGUGCUAUAUAAUUUUGGGUCACAAUUGGAGGCUCCUACACAGUCGGAUUAUCUGGAUAUAAUAUAACAAAAAGCAACCUGCAAAAUAUGAUGCUUUUAUUAAAAAGAUAAAAGCAAGACACGAUUAUUGAUUCAUGAUUCUAUAUUAUAUACAUAACAUCUUCAGAUUUAAAAAAUGGAAAAUAUUACCGUUAAUUGGUAUCUGCAUUCUUGCUUUAAGAAUCAACAUUAUUUUACAAAGUUUAUAUCCUUCUGUAACACAGCUGACUGAGCUGCAGAAGUGUCCAGCAUGUUAUGGCGUUUCUGCAUGUCAUAACAUUCACAAAGUAGAUCUCCUGUGGAAUGAUGUUAAUGCGAUAAUUUCUCAUUUGUUUGGCGUUAAAAAUGUAUUCUUUGGAACGUAUAAUCAAAGUAAAGUGGUCCUAAAAAAAUUGGCACACUCUUCUGAAUUAAAAGCGCUUGAUGUUACACUAUGCAAUGAACUCCAUUUGGGAUAUCCCUGCUCUAAUGUUCCAUUAGACAAAUAUAAAGCAGAUUUUUAUAAUCUUAUUAGAAAAAUAAUUACUUCUGAUUUUUCUAAGGAUGAUACAAGUCGAUUAAGACUUUGUCCAACAAUUAGACAUUUAGAUGAUCUAUUUUACAAUGUUCAUCUUAAUAAUAAACACAUUGAUCCCACACAAUAUCUAAUUAAUCUCUGGACAUUGGUUUCCAUAAAUCCAGAGCCAUUAAUACUUCAGAUAUUAUCUGCCGAAAAUGGAUGGCCUGUGCCAAGAUAUUUCGGAGCUUGCGGUCGGAUUAUUAUUGAAGAAUAUGUUGGGUUACCGCUGUCUGAUUAUUAUGACAAAUCUUGGAUUCAAAGAGUAAAAAUAGCUUCAAGCCUUUUAAAUGCUGCUUAUUUGUUUACCUUCAAAAAUGAAAUGUUUGGUUUUUAUUUAACGGAUAUAUCGGCUGAUAAUAUUGCUGUUGAUCAUGAAAAUGUAGCAAAAUUUAUUGAUUUAGAGAAUAUUAUUAUUGUUGACAAAAAUAUUUCUCAAGAAUUUGUUGAACCAAAAGACUGGCAGAAAAUACAUAAUACAAUAUACUUUGAUUGUCCUAAUUGUUUUGCAUUUUCUUCCAAGGAUAUUUGUAAUCAUCAUUUAAGUGACCAUAAUUAUUAUACAAUUUGUCAGCUUUUAUUAAAUUCAGGAAAUGAAAAUCCAUUUCCUGGUGGAUUUCUUCAUGAUGUACCUACUAAUAUUGAGCAGCAAUAUCCGAAUAUUGAAGAUUUAUUGCAACAAUGUGCCGUUCCUCGUUCUACUAAUUCUAGAAUAUUUUUUGGUCAACAACUAAAGGUAUUAUUGGAUGCGAUUUUAGACGAAAUAUCUCAACAUUAAUAUACCAUAAAG